AUGUUCGGCGCGGACCACAAGGACCUGCGCGCGCCACAGCCCGAGUGCCCACCCCAGGACGAGGACGCGUCCACCUGCUGGGCGGUCUCCGCGCUCGAGUCCCACCCUGACGUGCUCGCCCGCGUGCGCGCCGAGGUGGCCGAGGUCUGGUCGCCGGAGUCCGGGGAGCCCAUCACCGCCGAGAAGAUCCAGGGGAUGAGGUACACGCAGGCGGUGGCGCGCGAGGUGGUCCGCUACCGGCCCCCGGCGACGCUGGUGCCGCACAUCGCCGGCGAGCCGUUCCAGCUCACCGAGUGGUACACGGUGCCCAAGGGCGCCAUCGUCUUCCCGUCCGUCUACGAGUCCUCCUUCCAGGGCUUCCCGGCGCCCGACGCCUUCGACCCGGACCGCUUCUUCUCCGACGACCGCAGGGAGGACGUGGCCUUCAAGCGCAACUUCCUCGCAUUCGGCGCCGGCGCCCACCAGUGCGUCGGCCAGCGCUACGCGCUCAACCACCUCGUGCUCUUCCUCGCGCUCUUCGUCUCCGUCGCAGACUUCAAGCGGGACACCACGGACGGCUGCGACGACCCCGUCUACAUGCCCACCAUCGUGCCCAGGGACGGCUGCUCCGUCUACCUCAACCAACGCUGCGCAAGCUUCCCAUCCUUCUGAGCCUCAGCUGCUCGUCCUUGUCCCCUUCUUCGUCCUCCUCACUUGUCUCUCUCUUCUUUCCUUCAUCCAUCUGGUCGUGUCGAGUGAUGAUCUGUACUAGGACCCGGUGUUCUUGUGUUAGUUCAUUCCAUUGGACCAUUCAUCAAAUUAUUUCAUUUGUCAUUGCUCUAG